UGCUCUGACCCAGUCUGCAGCAUCACAGUCUGUGCAUCAGGAAAACAUGGCCCCUCUGUGAACUGAAGAGGCUCAGUCACCAAGUGGCUCUGGAUCUGCACAGCUGCACUGCUGCAUUAUCAGGUGCUCAGAUUCACAGAUUUUCUACUUCUGAUCACUGGUUCCUAUUUGUAAAGGACAAGUACAACUACAUUUAAAGGCAUCUCUCCUGGCUUUCUGUAAAUCUGACUUUGUACUGUAUCUGUGAGUUAGUAUGGCAGACUGGAAUUUGUUGGGGAAGCUGCUGGAGAGUGCCCAGGAACACUCCACUGUUGUUGGCAAAGUCUGGCUAACAGUGCUGUUCAUCUUCCGCAUCCUGGUGCUGGGAGCCGCUGCCGAGAAGGUGUGGGGCGACGAACAGUCCGGCUUCACCUGUGACACCAAACAGCCUGGUUGUCAGAAUGUCUGCUAUGACAAGACGUUCCCCAUUUCUCACAUGCGCUUCUGGGUGAUGCAGAUCAUCUUUGUCUCCACACCAACUCUCAUUUAUCUGGGCCACAUCCUUCAUCUGGUCCGCAUGGAGGAAAAGGAGAAACAGAAAGCAAAGGACCUCGCCAUCCAAAAUGAAAAGCAGCAGCAGUUAAAUGGCAACAAGCUCAAGAAAGCUUCAGUUAAAGACAGCCAGGGCCACGUGCGAUUGCAAGGUGCAUUACUGCGAACCUAUGUCUUCAACAUUAUUUUCAAGACCCUGUUUGAAGUGGCAUUUAUUGUAGCUCAGUACUUCCUCUAUGGUUUUGAACUCAAGCCGAUGUACACCUGCGACCGCUGGCCUUGCCCUAACAUGGUGAACUGCUACAUCUCCCGACCCACUGAGAAGACUGUGUUCAUUCUCUUCAUGUUGGCAGUGGCCUGUGUCUCGCUGUUGCUCAACCUGGUGGAAAUGUACCAUCUAGGUUUCACAAAGUGCCACCAGGGCCUCCACUACAGGCGAUCACAUGCAGCACGUGAGGCUCCUAAGGACCUACCUGAGGCAGUCAUGCCCUUUGCCCCAGGCUACAGCUACUUUGCGGGUCAUCCUACAGUGCCUGAACCUUUCCCUAAGGACUCAAAGUACAGCAUGGCAGAGCCAAACUCUGCUUACAGCCCCUUCAACAGCAAAGUGGUUUAUAAGCAGAACAGAGACAAUAUGGCUGUGGAAAGGAAAGGUAAAGCAGAAGGAGAUGAAGUAAAGGAGAGGAAAACCUCCAGUCCUGUCUGUGAGGUGCCUGUUGAAAAUCAACGCAGAACUAGUCAGUCAAGCAAACACAGCAGCAGCAAGAGCAGGAUGGAUGACCUGAACGUCUAG